AUGCGCACAGCUCCAUAUGGCUCCAAGAUGGCUGACACAGCGUCCGGAGGCUCCGGCACGCGGGCAGGCAGCAAGCAGGCGGGCACCCCUGCGGACAAUUACCACCUGGCACGGCGCCGGACGCUGCAGGUGGUGGUCAGCUCGCUGCUCACCGAGGCUGGCUUCGAGAGCGCCGAGAAAGCCGCGGUGGAGACUCUCACCGAGAUGAUCCAGAGCUAUAUUUCGGAAAUUGGGAGGAGUGCCAAAUCCUACUGCGAGCACACAGCCAGGACCCAGCCCACACUCUCGGAUAUCGUGGUGACCCUCGUGGAAAUGGGGUUCAAUGUGGAAACUCUUCCCGCCUAUGCCAAGCGUUCCCAGAGGAUGGUGAUCACUGCCCCUCCAGUGACAAACCAGCCCGUGACUCCCAAGGCCCUGACAGCUGGGCAGAACAAGCCUCAUCCGCCCCACAUUCCCGGCCAUUUCCCGGAAUUCCCAGAUCCUCACACUUACAUCAAGACACCGACCUACCGGGAGCCGGUGUCUGACUACCAGGUGCUGCGGGAAAAGGCGGCUUCCCAACGGAGGGAUGUGGAAAGGGCCCUCACACGGUUCAUGGCCAAGACUGGAGAGACCCAGAGCCUCUUCAAGGAUGAUGUCAGCACAUUCCCACUGAUUGCUGCCAGGCCUUUCACUGUGCCCUACCUGACAGCUCUGCUCCCCUCCGAGCUGGAAAUGCAGCAGAUGGAGGAGACGGAUUCCUCGGAGCAGGACGAGCAGACGGACACCGAGAACCUCCCGCUGCACAUGAGCACGGAUGAUUCCGGACCCGAGAAGGAGAACACCUCAGUGCUGCAGCAGAACAGCUCCCUGGCAGGCAGCAGGAACGGGGAGGAGAACGUCAUCGACAAUCCCUACCUGCGGCCCGUGAAGAAACCCAAAAUCCGCAGGAAGAAGUGAGGGGGGAGCUGGAAUUCCUGUGGCUGCUCAGAGAACCACAGAGGAGGGGUCAGGAGCUGGAAUUCCUGUGGCUGCUCAGAGAACCACAGAGGAGGGGUCAGGAGCUGGAAUUCCUGUGGCUGCUCAGAGAACCACAGAGGAGGGGUCAGGAGAGGCAAUGCAGCUGAGGAGAGAUCUCUCUGCAUGGUCAGCUCCACUCCCAUCCUGCUUCCCAGGGCUCCCUCUUCCCUCUGCUCGCUGGGAUGGUCCAGGAAAGCCACCUGGGAAUUGUCUGGGGGACUUUGGUUUCCACGGUGGGGAGGAUUCAUUUUCUGAAGAGCUGGAGGACACAGGGCUUGGAUUUGGAGCUGUGGGACACAGGGAAUUUUCCUGCUCCCACUUCCCAGCAGAACACAAAGGCAUCGUUGGUGUGUCAGUGCCUGGAAGGCUGGAAGAGGAACUUCCAUCAACCCUUAAAUCCAAGGAAUGUGUAUUAACAAAGAGAAAACUCCCAGGGAGGUUCUUCCUUUUGCAUUCUUGGCCGGUGAAAGCAAACAAAUCUUUUCUUUUGUAACCUGAAGGUGUUGGUAAAGGAGUGAAGUGUAAAUACAGAGAGCUCCAAGGACUUUUUAUUCCCACCUUGCAGCUGCCCUGGGGACUGGAAACCUCUCAAGUGUGGUGGUGUUUACCCUGCCCUGCUCUGAGAGCAUUUUCCUGUCACAGCUGCUUCGGGCUCCUUUGCAGUUCAUUGUUGUUUUCCACACAGCUCAAAUCCUUGGAGAGUUCCUGCCUUUCCCCCCGUUUCUUUGGAAGCUGGAAAAUGGAACAAAGCUGCACUGAUGGCAGCAGUGAUCACACUUCUUGCAUUUUAUCAGCUCUCAAAUACGUGUUUUUAUCAGCAGAAGUUGGGUUUUUUUCCCCCCUGCUUUAUUUCACCCUUUUAUUUCCUUUAUUUUUAUGGGAGUGUUGUCAUUAUUGGCUGGUUCUGGAGGGGUUUGCUUUCAUUUUCCUUCAGCAUUUUUUUUGGCAAAAUAUGGGUUAAAUAUCCUUGAGAAAAGACUCCUGUGGUUUGGUCCAACCUUCCAAGAAUCCCAAGUUCACCUCCAUGCAGUUAAAAGGAUCCUCCCUCUUCCCCCAUCACCAAGGGAGAAGGAAAAUAAAAAGAAGCUCUUCAUUUUCAAUGAAAAUGGAGAUGUUCCUGCCAAAAAAUCUGAAAUUAAAUCUCAGAAAACCCCCUCUGUGUGUGCCAUUGUCACUUCUGCUGGUGCCUUGCUUGUACAGAAUGACAAAUGUACAGACACACCCUGUAUAUGUUUGUAUAUAUCCAAAAGUUUUAUCUUUUUUUAACUUUUUUUUGUUUCUUCAAGGAGAAAAAUCCCUCGCUGGGUAGGGGAGGAAAAAGAAAAAAAGUGGAAUGAAAAUUGUAAUUUUUAUGUUCAUAAUAAAAGAAAUUUUAUCUCCUA